UUACACAACAAACUCACUCUCUUUCUUUCGCUCUUUCUCUCUUCUUCCUUUUUCAUUUGAAACUCAAGCUGUCAGUCAGAAAAGUCACUUUAAUAGGAGAUAAUCAAAACUUUGAAACUGUUUAUAUUUAUGUUUUCAUCGGUUUUCCUUGCAAAGUUUCCAUUUCUUUUACUUGUAUGAUUUGCUUCUUUGCUUUCGUUUAUUUAUAAAAUUACACAUUUACUACCAGAUAAAAUUUCACGAUGAACAUGGAUAUGCUCACAUAUGUUCGGGAUAAAAGAAAGUUAACUGAAAAAGAAGCUCGUCCUCUUUUCCAGCAAAUCUGUGCCAUUGUUGCCGAUUUUCAUUCAAAAGGAAUCGUACUCAGGGAUGUAAAACUACGCAAAUUUGUCUUCAAAGAUCCUGAAAGAACUCAAUUGACUUUGGGAUCUUGGGAUGAAGCUAUUGUACUUGCAAAUCCACGAAAUGAUCUAAUUGAUGACAAAAAUGCCUGUCCCCUCUAUGCCAGUCCUGAAAUAUUGCAUAAAUCAACUACUCACUAUUCAGGACGCCGUGUUGAUUGUUGGUGUCUUGGUGUCAUUUUGUAUACAAUGUUAACUGGCCACUAUCCUUUCCAUGAUCCCGAUAUCAAUAUUUUGUUUGCUAAAAUACGAAAAGGACAAUUGGAAGUACCAGAUUCACUUUCUCCGACUGCUGAAUUUUUGAUACGAGGUUUACUUAAUAGGCAACCCAAAGAGCGACUCACUGCUCGUGCCGCUAUGCAAGACAGAUGGUUCACCGAGAAAGAUGUUUAUUUAGAGCCUUCUAACCUUCUCCCUGAAAGCCAACUUCUUGAAACAUAUUCUUAUUCAUCCCAUUCACCAUCAAGGUCACAUAAUGCAUAUAAACCCUCAUCACAUCGUACAGCAGUCAAUUCCUCAGCGCAGACUUUACGCUCUCAUCACCCUUAUUCGCUACAACAAAGAUAUUUACCAUCAAACCGAGUUAACACUCGCCAAGCUCACCGUACUUCGAUCUCAAACGACCAAAUUGUUCCAGAAAUAAACACAUUCCAGCAUAGAAGUAAUGAAAUCUUCCAUUGGACACUUACUUCUGGUCUUUUGUCCUAACAUCAAUACUAACUAUAGAAUAAUUGAAAUAUUUAAAAUUUUAUUCCAAAGGUAUUUUUGUUUUCAACAAACUCAUUUUCCUGUAUAAUCAAACUGUAAUUAAUUGGCAUGAAGCUUGAGUUCAUUAAAAACUGGUUUCAUUUCCAUUUAAACAAAGA